AAAAUCUAAUUUUCCCAAUUGAAAAUCAGUAAAAAAAUAUUUUCCCAUUCUUCAUCCAAAAUUUCGUUAGCGGAAGAGAGCGCCACGAGUUAACGAUGGCGUCCUCAUUCGCCUUGCCCGCUUCCUCUUCAUUUUUCUGUGACAGCAACAACGCUCAGCGUUGCUCUUGCUAUAAUCUCUUGCGCCACGCAAGGUUACCAGUGUCAAAUGCAGGGCGGAAGCUUAGGGGGAGGUAUUUUAAGACAUCCAUUUCCAUUUGUGCCAUUGUUGCAGAGAAGAAGAGCGCGAUGCAGUAUAGGAAGCUAGGUGACUCUGAUCUUCAAAUUAGUGAAAUCACUUUGGGAACGAUGACAUUUGGAGAACAAAACACAGAGGAAGAAGCACAUGAAAUGCUCAAUUAUGCAUUUGAGCAUGGCAUCAAUGCUAUUGACACUGCAGAGGCUUACCCAGUUCCAAUGAAGAAGGAGACUCAAGGGAGAACAGAUCUAUAUAUUGGUAGUUGGUUGAAAUCUCAGCCUCGGGAUAAGGUUAUUUUGGCAACAAAAGUCUGUGGUUAUUCGGAGAGAUCAACUUACCUGCGUGAUAAUGCCAAGGUUUUAAGGGUAGAUGCUUCUAAUAUUAGAGAGAGUGUAGAAAAAAGCCUCAAGCGUCUCAACACUGAUUACAUUGAUUUGUUGCAAAUCCAUUGGCCAGAUCGAUAUGUUCCAUUAUUUGGUGGAGGAUUUUAUGAUUCCUCAAAAUGGAGGUCAAGUGUGCCAUUUGCAGAGCAACUGAGGGCUUUCAAGGAGCUCAUCGAUGAAGGAAAGGUUAGGUAUAUUGGUGUUUCCAAUGAGACUUCAUAUGGAGUGAUGGAGUUUGUCCAUGCAGCUAAAGUUGAAGGACUGCCAAAGAUUGUUAGCAUCCAAAACAGCUACAGUUUACUAGUUAGAGGUUUCUUUGAGGUUGAUCUUGUUGAAGUAUGCCACCCGAAUAAUUGCAAUAUUGGCCUACUCUCUUAUUCUCCACUGGGGGGUGGUUCACUGAGUGGAAAAUAUUUAGAUAGUGAUUCUGAAGCUGCAAGGCAAGGAAGGUUUAACCUUUUCCUAGGCUACAUGGAGAGAUACAAUAAAUCACUUGCCAAGGAAGCUACGAUACAAUACCUUGAGCUUGCCAAGAAGCAUGGUUUAACUUUAGUUCAGCUUGCACUUGGCUUCGCACGAGAUCGUCCAUUUAUGACUAGUUCAAUCAUUGGUGCAACUUCUGUGGAGCAGCUAAAAGAAGAUAUUGAUGCUUUUUUAAUGACUGACCGCCCUUUGCCAACAGAAGUAAUGGCAGGUAUUGAAGCAACUUUCAAGAGAUACAAAGAUCCUACUAUGUUCUGAGACUCAAAA